UGGAAAGUUAUUGUUCUUCAUCUUUAUAAUUAGAAUUGCGGUGAUAUAUAUUCGGUUAUUAAUGCCUAAUAAAACUGUUGUUCUUUGAAAUGUCGCCAAGUUAUAUGAAUACUAUUGACACUCAAUUUUAUUUAUUUCUUAUAUACGGAACUCGAGCUCUGAAUCCAAUAAAUAAAUCCUGUGUUCUCACGCGAAUGCAAGAAAUCGUGUAGGUUAGUGUCAUUUUGGAUUAUCUUCGCAAUACUGUUUCAUAAGACGCCAUAUUAAUGUUGAUUGUUGUGCAUUAAAGUUGUUUACAUCUAGGAAAAUUUCUUAAUUCUUGGACAGUUUUGUACUGCAAUUAAAAAUAGUGCACUUGUUCAGGAUAUUACGAACAGAACUGUGAAGUGAAUUUUAUGUGAACGUAUAACAGUUUUUCUCGAAUACUGAAAACGGAGCUUCGCGAUGGAGCUAAAUUUGAUGAAAAACCUAGAGUUGGAUAAAAUUUGUCGAAUAUGUCUAGCUGUGAAAAAAGAAAUGCGUCCACUAUUUGGAGAAAUGGUAGCGGAGAUGCUAAUGGAAAUUGCUAAGAUACAAAUUGAGCAAAUGGACGGCUGGCCGGACAAAAUAUGUAUCCAGUGCAUUCACCAGGUUAGUCGCUGUCAUGCUUUUAAAACACGCGUUGAAAAAUCAGACAGCACUUUACGUCAGUAUAUCAAAGGAAUAACUGUAGUUGUGGAGGAACAGAUGCCUAAGGAACUCACAAUUGAUGUUCAAAGACAACAAAUAACGCCGCAGAAAAUUCAACAAAUACAGCCAGCUCAACAGAUUCAAGAGAUUCACAUUCAGCGCACUGAUAUCCCGACAAUUGCUGAAGCAGCUGCUCCGACAAUGAUACUAACCAAUGCACAAUUGCUGAACGCUGGGGCGCAAAUUAUUAACGCAGGUCAUUUGAUAACAACCGCGUCUGGUCAGCAGAUUAUUCAGGCACCACAAUAUCAUGCUGCACAGCUUGGGCAAUUUAUUCAGGGGCCAAAUAAUACCAUACAAAUGAUCACACAUGGAGCAGCACAUCCACAAAUAUUGCAGAUACAGCGAACGGUGGAUGAUCGGUGUGAAAUAAUAGUACAACCAGAGAUGCAGGAACAGCAGUAUUACGACGAAAACAAUGUGAUUUCCGUGAACCAAGUUCAAUCCGUCCCUAUGAUGAUGGCAGCUCCUACAGCUACAAUUCAUCAGCACCAUAUAGCACAGCAUGCACUCCAACAACAGCAACAUCAACAACAUCAUCAUCAUCAACAACAACUUCAUGAACAGAUACAGCAUGAAGACGAUGUGGAAGAAUCUCUCAUAAAGGAUGGCCAAGAAUCUGAUUUCGGCGAUCAAGAAGAUGAUCAAGCAGACAACGAUGAAUUGAUAGAAGAAGAAUUACAAGAUGAUGAUGAAGCGGACGCGGAAGCCGAAGUAGAAGCAGAAACAGAAGCAGAGGCGGUGGAAGAAGAAUUGUAUAUAUCUGAUUGUGAAUCAGAUGAUGGCGAGAAACGGUUAGCUGAAUUUAUGGCAUAUCAAACUUCCUGUCCAAGCCCCGGGCGAUAUUUAUGUAAUUUAUGUCGCAAAGAGUUUACUCAACCUAAGUGGCUGCAAACGCACAUGUCUUCGCAUUCGAAUUGGCUGAAGGCAAACUGCAAGAAGCAACCAGAAUGCGACAUUUGUCACAAAAGUUUUCGAGGCCCUGGUAUGUUGCGGAUGCAUAUGAAAACACACGAGAAAGCCGAUAAACUUCCUACUUGCUCAAUUUGCCAGAAAGAAUUUAAAUCCAAAUCAAUUCUAUAUCGACAUCGACAAACGCAUUUUGAAAAAAACUUCGCAUGUACGUUGUGUGACAAGCGGUUUAGUUCAAAUUAUCAGCUAAACAUUCAUGUCCAGCGACACAGGAAACAGAAGCCUCACAAAUGCCCUCAUUGUGAUAAAUCGUUUUAUAGUGCGUCCGAUUUGAAGGUGCAUGUUAAUCAGCAUCUGGGCAUCAAAGUUAUCCAAAUAAAAAAAAUGUCGACAAAUAGCUAAUCCAUGCAAGGACUUUGUACCUAAACAAGCUGAGAAACCGUUCCAGUUAAGACCACUUCUAAUAGGAGUAAAAAUACAGAAAAUAUUUAUAGCGCAAUAGUUUCCUUCUAGAUUUUUACCGGUCCAAGAGUGGUAGCUAAAAUAUAAUAAUUGUAAAUAUUUGUGUUUCGAUAGUGACCGUAAUUUAAAAUUUCUUGUACAUAAAAUGUAUUAGUUAACUUAACAAACGUACGCUUUGAAAAUCAACGGAUUUUACUGUAGAUAAUACAUCGCUCGUGCAAUGAUUUAGUUAGUUUAAGCAUCUAACUCUUGCCGGAGAUAUGGAUGCAGUAUUUUAAGGAAUUUAGUCACUUUUUCCUGACUAAAAUAGUGCAUUAACUAUGAGUUUGGUUAAACACAAUUCGUUGUACUUUCAAUAUUUAUUUUAUAUUAAAAUAUAUAUUUUAUUCGAUUGCUUCAAUAAACAUA